CAUCAACCCUUCAACACGUGUCCAACAGUUUUGCGGGGGGAACAGUGGGAGGAGGAAUGAGGAUGUUGAUAUUUUGACGACUCCAAGGUACGGCACAUCUUCCAAGAUGGCAGCUGACAUGGCAAGCAUAACAAAAAGAAAAGGCCCAGAAUUUCUUCCAUUUUUCCCCGUCAAACAAUCUAAAGCCCCAAUUUCCUACUCAAAAUUGAUCGAACAAAUCCCCAAAUCUGAUACCCGAAUUUAAACUCUUCAUUCGCUUUGAGCCCACCUCGACUGUCUGCUGAAAUGCCUCACACAGCUACGGAAACCCCAGCUGAAGAUGGCGGGUCUGCUUCGAAGCCACAGCGCAUCAUCAAACUCGGCAAAACCCCUGAUGAUAGCGAUAAAAAGAGUGCAAACAGGAGACUUAAAGAUAUUGAAAUUUGUGUUCCCAUGGUAUGUGGAACUAUUGCUUUUUAUCUUGGUCGAAAGGCUAGUGAGUCGCAGUCCCAUAAGUGGACUGUUUAUGUGCGUGGGGCAACAAAUGAAGAUCUCGGAGUAGUGGUAAAGCAUGUUGUGUUUCAACUGCAUCCCAGUUUCAAUAACCCUACAAGACUUGUUGAAUCGCCACCUUUUGAGUUAUCAGAGUGCGGUUGGGGUGAAUUUGAAAUUGGAAUUAGCCUUUUCUUCCACAGUGACGUUUGUGACAAGCAGUUGGAUUUGUACCACCAUCUGAAAUUGUAUCCUGAAGAUGAAUCUGGGCCGCAGUCGACCAAGAAACCUGUUGUUGUGGAAGCAUACAACGAGAUUGUUUUUCCAGAUCCUUCUGAGUGCUUCUUUUCUCGUGUGCAAAAUCAUCCAGCUGUUCUUGUGCCGCGGCUGCCUGCUGGGUUUAGCUUGCCUGCUGCAGUGCCAUUUGAAAAUAUGAAUGAAAGGGGAAGAGGCGAUACCAAAGAUCACCCACUCAGUCAGUGGUUCAUGAAUUUCUCAGAGGCAGAUGAACUUUUGAAACUUGCAGCAGCUCGUCAGCAGGUGCAAGCCCAUAUUGUUAAGCUGAGAAGACAGUUGAGUGUGAUUGAUGGGAUGCCUCAACCAUUGAAACCGGCCUCCUCUUAUGAAUGUACAUGAUCAUGAUGAGGUUAUUGUUGGAGUUCACUAGUCGAGUUUAUAUUGGGGAAGACAAAGUGAACUGUGACAGAAGAUGUAAAGAUGUGGAUAUCAAUUGUAGCAACCUUCUUUAUAGAUUUAGUUGUAAGUUCUGCUCCUUAAGAGCACUGAUUGUAGCUAAGUAUUUAAACAACUAUUGAUGAUUGUGUCAACCUGAAAAAUGAAAGAGAAUAUAUGUGCAGCUUUCUAUUUUAUUGAA